CUAGUUGUCAGGAAAGAAAAUCCUUCUAAUAAUUAGAUUUUUCCAUCAAAAUAUUACAAAAGAUGUUCCAUUUUGAUGUAUUUUGAUCGCCUCAUAAAGUGAAAAUAAUGAAUGGUCCUUUCCUACCAUCGCAAGGGCUUGAUUUCAACACCGAAUUAACGGCUGCUGCUAUUGCAGCUGUUCCACUGAAUGAUGAUUCCACGGAGGAGCAAGCAGAAAAAGCGUCGGCGACAGUGGCUUUCGCAGUGCCACAAUCUACAUCGGCUGACACUCCAGACGCUAGUGAUGGUGGUCCGGCCGCGGAAAAUCCCAAAAUAAUUUACCUUGAUCGAGUGUGUCGGACGUGCCUGGUAGAGAAGGAGAAAGAACAGCUGAAGGAUUUGUUCGAGUUUUGCCUCGCCGAAACCGUGAUGGCCUGCGUGAACAUUUCAAUCGAAGAGUCUGACGGAUUACCAUGUCACAUUUGUUUGGAUUGUCUGCAGGAGGUGGAGAGGAUAUUAAACUUUCGGCAAAUGUGUGACCGAUCAGACGUGACAAUCCGUAACUUGAUCGAGAAGUCGGUCGUCAUCAAUCAGGAUAGCCAAACGAAGUAUGAAGUGCUGAAUGUUGUGCUAACUGAUGCGAAUGGUAAUACGGAAACAUCCGCCGUAGUGGUUCCGAUUGAAGAACUGCGGUUUCAGUUGAUGAAUGGUGGAAGCGCAACCAAUGUGGUUUCUUCGGAGACUAUCAGUAUUCCGAUAAUGGAGCUUAAUGAUGAAGUGGAACUGUCCGGUUUUAAUAAUGUGGUAAACACGGAAAACAUCAAAAUUGACAUACCAAAGGGUAGUCUUGAGGUGGGGUUUUCGACACCAACGGAUUUGCUGGUCACAGAGGAAAGUAUGGAAGAAACUCUGGUUGAAGAAGAUUUACCUAUUACUGUGAAUCCAAGCGAGUUGUUGAAUGAAGCUACUCCCACACCUUCUUUGAACGAUAUUGAUCCAGAAGGACUAAUACAAGACGAGAGCACUACCAUCGACCAUCUCAAACAGGAGCUGUCUGAGUUUAUAGGGAGUGGAUGUGCUGAUAUACCGAAAGAUCAGGAACUGGAUGACAAUGAUGACGAUGAGAUGAUUCACGUUGACUAUCUGAAAGAUGCGUUGACGGAAGAAUACAUUCAGAUUAUGGAGAAACAGCUGGCGUCGUCAGUAACACGAUCGAAUAAUCCUUUGCAGGAUCGUUUGGAGCAGGAACAUUUUGAUAGUCUUAUAAAUGAUGAAGAACGAAUUCAAGUUGGUGAUCAGCAGGACUGUCUGGACGAUGGCAGAAUUACCGAAGACGAGACGGACGGAGACGAUAAAUUGAACGAUGAUGAUGGCAAAGGUUGCCAUUGCAGGCACUGUGAUAUUGAAUUCGAGGAUAAUCGUCAGUACAAGAAACACAUGAGGAAACAUUCCGAGAAACGUUUUGAGUGUGAGUAUUGCUCGCGCAAAUUUGCCGAACAGUCUUUACUGAGGAACCACACACUGCGCCAUACCGGUGAAAAAGCACACGUCUGCGAGGUAUGCAAUGCACGGUUUUACGAAAAGAAUCUUCUGAACAUGCAUAUGAGGACCCAUGGUGACGAACGGCCGUAUGCCUGCGAUACCUGUGGAAAGCGCUUCAAGACGAAAAGCUUGCUCAACACUCACAGUAAGAUCCAUUUGGGAGAAAAGUCGCAUGUCUGUACGGUCUGUGGAAAGGGAUUCACGUUGUCGUGGCAGCUGAAGGCCCACACCAGGAUCCAUACGAAUGAAAGACCAUUCGAGUGCCAGUACUGUCACAAGCGGUUCAAUCAGAAUGGUAAUCUCAUGAUCCACAUCAGAAUUCACACAGGAGAGAGACCGUUUCAGUGUACGCUCUGUGAAAAGGCGUAUCCUAGUCAAGGGGAAUUAAGCGGUCACAUGCGACAACACACAGGCGAAAAGAAGGUCAAGAAAAUCACCUGUACCGUCUGCAGCAAAGCGUUCGCCGGCAAUGGGGACCUCAAAAUACACAUGCGAACCCAUACGAAGGAAAGACCUUAUACAUGCCAGUUGUGCGGAAAAAGUUUCAUGCUGCACGUUCAUUUAACGGUGCACAUGCGUUCGCACACCGGCGAAAAGCCGUUCGCUUGUACCAUCUGUGAGAAGGCAUUUGCCACCAACUAUCAGCUAAAGAAUCACACCUUCGUGCACACCGGUGAGAAAAAUUACGCCUGCGAAGUCUGCAAUCGACGGUUCAGUUCUUUGGCCAACCGCAACACGCACCGUAAAACGCACGAUCGGAAGAUAUCCUGACAAAAGUACAUGUUCGUAGGUUAAGAGCUAAUCUGUAAUUCCAUUUUAUCGAAGUUCCAGACUGUAUUGUACUAAUAGCUUACACUCUGCUAGUACAAGAAAUUUAUAGAUACUUAAUCAUUAUUGGUCAAUCUUUCGCGCAUUUUGCAGGAGAAUUUGAGCUGAGUAAUAAUUGUGGGAUGGUUACAUUCGAAACGUGAGUAGUGCCAGUCAGUAUAUUAAAAAAAAGCUAAUCAAUGUUCGGUGUGGCCGUAGAAGUUAUGAUAUUAAUGUAUACUAAUACCAGUGCUAUCUACCGUAUCGAUUCAUCAGUAUAGUUAUUAUAGUUCUUCUUAGUUUUAACGCUAUGAGUAGUAUCAACUUAUGAUUAUGCGAUUUCUUAUGAUUAUCCACUUUCAAUUAAAAGUUCAAAUUGUAUUUAAACCGUUUUAAUCUCUCUAUCUAGUAUCAUUAUUACCUGAACCUAUCAAUCAACAAGGUGUGUUUUAUCGUGAACAAUUUGAUCCGUAAACUACCCCAGAAUAAAAAUCUCAUUUACGAUGUACGAAAUGUUUGGUUGAAUAUAAUGGAAUCAGUAGUUA